UGUACAUCAUUUUGUAUGUAAGUCCUAGAACAGUAUCUGGAUCAUAGUAUAAGCUGUUUAACAAAUAUUGUUGAGUCUUCCAUACAUAGUACAUAUUUCCUUAAAUUUGUGGUAUAUACAAUAUAGAUUUACUGUACAGUUGAGCUAUAUUUUUUAUUUUAAAAAACAAAACAGGAAAAAGGAUAGAAAUGACAGAAUUUCAAAAUAGUAGAUGUGGUAUAAGAAACAAAAAAAGCUAACCAUGACAGUUUCAUGAAUGCAGUAGUGUAGGCAAUGUGAUGAGGGGAGAAUUUCUGUUAUAGAUAGGAUGACCAGGCAGAGCCUUUUUAAAGAGAUGACUUUUGAGCAAAGCUAAAAUGAGAGAAAAUUAGGAGAAACAGAGAAAAGUCUAUGUAGCAGAAACAGCAAAUGUAAAAGCUCUAAGACAAGAAAAUCCUUGGUGAAUUAGAGAAGGAAGUCCCCAUGAUUGGUACGUAAGUAUUUGCUCUUUCAAAUACAGUAUACUGCUUCAACAAAUAUCUUUGUACAGAAAAAUAUAUUUUAAUAUUUUUGCAUUUCAGCUAUGGAACUCUAGAGUCAAAUAGUAUGUGCAUUUUAAUAGCUAUAAUAUAAAGCCACUUUUAUCACUUAUUCUUUCUCUCUGAAUCUUUUCUUACAAACCCAGCUCUAAAGAAUUUAAUUUGCUGGUGCAUGCCAGGGAGUGGAUACACUGCAUAAGUGGAAUAUUUUGGGGGAGAUAAUUUUAUCAAGAACUUUGAGUGUUUGAGAGUCUUGCAUAAUGAGAUGAAAAUACAGUAGUACAACAUAUGAUUAGCUUACACUAAUCCAAAAGUAAAUGAGGAACUUAGAAAAAGAUUGCCAACUCCAGAUCAACAUAUUUAGAGAAAAUUGGAAAAGGAGAAGCUUACUACAGCUUUAUUUGAGGACUUUUUAAAGAACGCAGGGUUCUAGCUGUGAGCCUCAGUCUUGGAGCAAAAACCAGGGACAUUGCCAGAGCAAACAAGAACAGAAGUACAAAUGGAGGACUGGUCAAAAGAAACCUUCAUCAUCUGUAUUUUAUAAUCAACCAAUGCAAAGAGUACGACAGGAUUACAUUAGUUCAGGUAUAACCCAUGUUAAUACUGAACGGGACUCUACGGGAAUAAAUAAAAGUACACAGCUAGAUGAACAACUAGCCAUGAAUUCUGAGGGAAGCUUGAUUCAGAAAUCCAGUGACUUAGUUAAUGAAGUCACAAAUGAGGACACUGAGCUACUGGGGCAGAGACCACGGAGUUUUCAGGUCGUUGGUUAUAAUCCAGAAGAUGAGACACUUGAAAAGUGCAACAUUAUGGAGCAUAGAAGUAAUGAUCUACAUUAUGAAUGUAUGAUUCCUUAUCAAGUUACUUCAGAUGUAAAUAAAGAGACAGUAGCAUUUCUUCUAAAAGAAUUGGAUAUGCUCAGAACAAGCAAUAAAAAGCUUCAAGAAAAACUGACUAAAGAAAAUAAAGAACAGAAAAAAUUAACGCUUAAGCUGGAACUCCAAGAAAAAACAAUGGAAGCUAAAAUUGCUGAAAAGACUUCAGCUCUAGUUGAAGAAGUGUAUUUUGCACAGAGGGAACGUGAUGAAGCUGUUAUGUCUAGACUGCAGUUAGCCAUCAAGGAGAGAGAUGAAGCAAUUGCACGAGCCAAGCAUAUGGAAAUGUCUCUAAAAAUGCUAGAAAAUAUUAACCCUGAAGAAAAUGACAUGACAUUACAGGAAUUACUGAACAGAAUAAACAAUGCAGACACAGGGAUAGCUAUUCAGAAGAAUGGAGCUAUAAUUGUGGAUAGAAUCUACAAGACUAAGGAGUGUAAAAAGAGAAUAACUGCAGAAGAAAUGAAUGCUGUGAUAGAAGAACGGGAUGCUGCUUUGUCUCAGUGCAAACGGCUCGAGCAGGAGCUUCAUCAUCUGAAAGAGCAGAACCAGACUUCAGCAAACAACAUGAGACAUCUGACUGCUGAAAACAAUCAAGAACGUGCUCUGAAGGCAAAUUUGUUGUCAUUGCAUCAAGCAAAAGAAACAGCAGUUGAACAAUAUAAGAAACUGGAAGAAGAAAUUCAGACACUACGAGUUUACUACAGUUUACAUAAAUCUUUAUCUCAAGAAGAAAACUUGAAGGAUCAGUUUAACCAUACCCUUAGUACCUAUGAAGAAGCUUUGAAAAACAGAGAGAACAUUGUUUCCAUCACUCAACAACAGAAUGAGGAACUGACUGCCCAACUGCAGCGAGCUCAGACAGAGCGAGCAAACAUGGAAUUACAGCUUCAGCGUGCCAGGGAGGCCUCCCAGGUGGCCAAUGAAAAAGUUCAGAAGUUGGAAAGGCUGGUGGAUGUCCUGAGGAAAAAGGUUGGCACAGGGACCAUGAGGACAGUGAUCUGACUGAAAAAACGACAGUCUGGGGGAAGCGAUCACAUCUGGUGACCAGGCUGCUUCAUUCAACACUGAGUAAACACUAAAAGCCUUAACUUAGCAAACAGUUGUUAGAAGUGGGACACUCCAACCACAUUCCAAGCUGAGAUAAAAUCAAAUCACAAAUGUUUAACCACUUUGCUGCUGACUUGAGUUAUUUAUCCAAAUAUAUUAACUUUUACCAAUGGGUAUCUAUAAGGUUGCAGUUUGUUUUGUAUCUAUUUUGUAUCUCAAUGUGUUUAAUAUAAAUCUUGGUACUAUAAGACCACUGUGGAGAUAUAGUAAAGUUGGUCAGGAUAAUAUCUUCACAUAUGGUCCUUUCUGAAUCCAAGUGCAGCAAAGUAAAUAUUGUCUAAGCCUUAAUCCACUGUGUUAGGUCAAAACUUCAAAUAAAUGCAAUUUCUAAUACAGAGUAUUUUUCUUAGCUCAUGAGAAAGAUUCAGACACUUCCUUAAUAUAUGUAAUCUUUCCUAGUAUUAAAGGCUAUUAAGUAUAGAUGCCAUCAAUGAAAUGUAUAAUUUGCUUUAGUAAGAGUUUAGUAUGUCACAAUUACAUUCAUCAAGUCAUGAUUUUCAUUUCACUCAAAAAUAAUGCUGACUGUUUUCAAUAAAAAGCAAAGAUUGUUUAAUGUGCACUUAAUAAAUUCAUAUUGUCAGUAUUUUUGUAAUGUUGAGCCUGGGUGAUUAUCUAAGCUCCACUUAAGCUGAAGAAAUUGCCAAGUUUCUGUCAAAUAGUCCGGGACACUUUGGGCUUGAAAAUUAGCAUGUGCCAGUAUGUCUGUAUCCUAAAAAGCAAGAAGUCAUCAAAUCUGUUAAUCAUUCUUAUUUAUUAUCUUUUUUUACAUUUGAAUUUUUGUUGUGGAAGAAGAGAAUGCAAUAUAUACUGUGCCAUAAAACUGUAAUGUGUGAUGUUAAGGUCAUAAGAAAAAGUAAACCUGCAAUUUGGUUCAGGUUACCUAGUUUUUCUUUUAUUUAAGAGGUAACUUAAAAUAGCUAAAGCAUAUAAUAAUAUGAAUAAAACUGAGAUGUUAUGUAUUGUGCUGUACAAAAUUACCUUCCUUUUAGGUGAAAGACCAAUAGAAAAUGACUUUGUCUGGAGCAAGUUGAAAUACACAAGCAGAAAUUGAAUUAGUAAAAAUGUUUAGUCCAAUGAAAAUUUUUGUAACUGCAUUUUUAAUUCAUCUUUAAGAUCACACUAAGUUAUAUACUAUUGCCUAUUUACAGGGUAAGUUUAUUAAGGACAAUUUAUUGUAUUAUUCUUUUGUAUACCAUUAGAAAUUAUCUCAUUUUUGUCUUUACUUCAUUAAAAAAUUUGAGGUGCUUUGUCACAAGAGACAAGAGAUACACAUACUCAUACAUACUUUUUUGUCCUUAUUAAAUCUGUAUCAUUAAACUAUCAGUUAGGAUCAUCUCUUUGCAUCCAAAUUUUGAAUUUACUCAUAUUGCCUGCGUUAAAUUUUUUGUGAGAAUUAGAAAAUAAAGAACAACAGGGGUUAAAAAGAAACUAACUGGAUUUGCUUUCUAAUUAAUCCUUUAAUAGCCUCUCCUACACCAGUGACAGUACAAACAUAGAAAUUCAUAAUACCUCACUCAUGCAUGGAGCCUUGUCUCUGAGCUCUAAAUUAGUAACCCAUAGAAGCUCCCUGUGCACAGACACAAGUCCUUUUAAACUUUCCUGAAGAUGGGGGUAAGUAAAAGAAAAGAGUUCUUAUUACAAAAUAUUCCAUUUCUGAGCCCUCUUAAAAUAAAUCACAAGUAAACUUGAAUUUUCAGGUUAGUCUUGAAGAACAAACUUUUCUUAAGGUUUGCUUAGGGUUUCAGAACACAAAGUGCAAUAUAAAAACACUUUACAAUUUCCAAGCAUCUCUUCCUACACCCAGUUGAUCAGAUUAGAACAACUGAACCAUGUGAUCACGUAAUUCAUGUAGUCAAUGUGGAAAACUUUUAUAUAAUACAUUAUAAAAUGAAACUUAUUAUUCUAAAGUAUAAAUAUUCUUCAUUAUGGUUAAUCUCCUAAAAUAUAUACCAUCUUCUUGAACAUGAAAAUUACAAGAGCAAACUAUGAACAGCCAUACAUUGACUUGAUUUCUUUCACUUAAAAAUGUCCAUCAACAAUAUUUCAAAUAUUAUAGUCUUUAUUUUUUUUGUGUAUGAAGAAAUAGCCUUCAUUAGCUACAUAUUCAGUUACAGUGCUACUUAGAAGUGAUCUGCUUUGUUCAGCGACUUGCUUUAAGUUUGCUUUAAACAUCAAGUCUCAUUCCUACAGUAACAUGAGAAUCCAUUUCUUGUAAAAAAAUAUUUAAGUACAGAGAAAAGACAGAAAAUAUUUAAGUACAGAGAAAAGACAGAAAAAGAAUAGACCGAAUUUCUAUUUAACAAUUGAUUUACAAAUUUCACGUCUCUUUAAAACUUUGAUCCUAUCAACAACCAUAUAAUAGUAAUAAAUCAUAUAAUAGUAAUUCUGCGGAUUUUAGUAUUAGUGUUGUUAUUAUUACUUUUAUCCUGUAGAUGAGAAAACAGACUCAGAGUAUCUUAAAACUUUCGAAGGACUGACUAGAAUUAGAACUAAGUUCUUAUAACUACAAACUCUCCAAACUUUUCUGUAACAAAAAAAUAGUGCGUGCUUUAACUCCUAGAAUUUCUGUUACUAUUAUGCUGCUCAUGUUAUAGACACACGUGUGAAUCCCCAAUCUAAAUCUACACAUUUCCUACAUGAAGCACAGUACUGUGCACUGCGUCUGUACACACCACCACGUCAGCAUCACCUCUCACUGGGGGUGGAAAAGCUGCCCACUGCCCCCGCCUCCACUGGAAUAUGACCUUGAGUGCUUUGAGCUACUUUUAAUUUCACCUAGUGCUAAAACCUGACAGGAUAGCUUUAUAAAAUGGUAGUCUAAAAUUCAAGGCUCACCCUACCUCCUGGAGCAACUUUUAGAGAUUUUAAAAAAGUUACAAGCCAAGUUAUUGGCUAUUGACAAGGCAGUUACACCAAAAUUAUUGAUAUAGAAGGAUUCUCAUAUGUUUUCAAUGAUGAACUGAUCCCUUGUAUAUUUCCCCUCCCCAAAACUGAGAGGGCUGUAGUUGUAGCUCGUGGACAGUGUGUGCUGAGAGUGCAUGGGGACCUAGAUUUGAUCCUCAGCACCACAAGAAAAUAAUGAAAUAAGGAAACAAGAAUCUUUUAUUGGGUCACUUUACUGAUAGAAUGUUUAUUUCACAAAUAAAUUAGAAUUACUAAGAAUUUGUAGUUUUCAUGUAUACAAUUAUGUAGGAAUGAACUUUUAAAUCUAGUAUUUUAAAAGAUCAUAAUUAUGCAUUUUCCUUUUCAAAUAUUAUUAAUAAGGCUUUAUAUGAUUUUUUAAAAAAUUAUAACACAUUUGUCUUCCAAUCUGUGGUUUGAAUGGAAUCCCAGUUUUUCACAGACAUUAUUAUGUUCUUGGUAAUCACUAUUUACAACCAGCCUAUCUGUUCAUAUAUACAUACUCACAGACACACAAAAUUACGUUUUCCCUUUCAAAACAUUUGUAAGUCAACCAUUAGGUUUCAGUGAUUUUGGCAUUUUGUUCAUGUUUUAUUCAAAAUGCACAUGGUUUCUGAGGCUUUUUAAAAGUACAUGAAAUGAUCAAAAAAUUGUUAUUUCUCAUGCUUAGCUAAAUAUGUCAUCUCUAGAAAGAUGUGGCUUAUUUUGGCAGUGUUUUAAAAACUCAAAUAUUUCAAACAUUUGUUAAGUUGGAGCUUGCAUAUUUGAACUAGUAGCAUACGUUCCAGAAUAGCGUCUCAAGUUACAAAAGUUUUUGUAAUCCUUUUACUAGAAUAACUUUUUUGAAGUUUUUCUUUUUUUGUUAUGUACUUUAAUGUAAACUAUGUUAAAUUUAUAAAAGUUGACAUUAUUUUUUAAAGUAGGACUUCGGAAGUGGAAUUUGGCAAUGAUAAAUGUGUAUAUUUGAGAAUCAUUAAUGUUAUUUACACUGUUGAUAUUCUUUUGCAGGAGUCUUAAUAUGCUUAUGUUAAAUUUUAUUGUUUGCUAUAUAUAGUUUUGGAGUAUGUUAUCAUUUUGGAAGCCCCAACUUUCUUGACUCUCUGAUUAUUAACAAAGAUGUACCUUAAUGCACAAACUCAAAUACGCAAAAUAUAUAUUUACUUUUUAUUUUCACAAAAUUCCCUACUGCAAAUCCUACAUUUCAGUGCAGUUCUUAAACAUCGAUCUUUAUCAAAUUUAUAGGUGGACAAUGCUGAAGAUACUGUUCUGAAUAUAUACCCUAUAAAGUGUAUUUCAGUAUGGAAACAGAUUAAAUUACCCUUUAAACUGUGUAUGCUUUGCUUAAUAAAGAUGAAAAGUCAAUCUGAGCAAA